AUGGAGAACGUUCCUUCUCAAGGAAACAGUUUCAUGAACGUCGACUUCAUGGUGACGAGCGAUCCCACCAACAUCAACCACAUCAUCAACAAGAACGGGGCCAACUACAAGAAGGGUCGCGACUUCAAGGCCAUAAUGGAUCCUCUGGGCGACGUGAUCUUUAAUGUCGACGGCGAGUCAUGGAAGUUCCAGAGGAAGCUCCUCCAUUCCUUGUUAAACAACCCCAAGUUUGAGGGUCAUGCCAUGGAGACCCUCAAAAGGAAGUUGAGGAGCAACCUUUUACCGGUCCUCGACUGA